CUUGGCAUUGGCUUCAUUCUGGUUGGACCGAGUGUUCUUCUUCUGCUAAAGAGCACAUGGAAGUUUAUUUUCAAGAGUGCAAACAUGCCCUCUAAAAAAACUAUUUUUUGGGUUCUGGGUUGUGAGUUCCUGGUAGGACUGGGAGCUGCAGUUCUAACAAUAGUAGCCAUGCCACACUUUGACAUUGUCACCAAUGUGAUGAUUCUAAACAGUGUGAGCAUCCUGUCCGCAGUGUUCCAGGUGGUCGCUGAUUGCCUUGCCAAAGAGAGAAAGUGCCUUAUGGUCCCUGUAUGCUCCAUUUUCUUAAUCGUCACAGGUUAUGUGCUCUUUGUGAUCAAUUAUUUGGCUUUCGAAAGUUCCUUAGAGACAAAAAUAUCAGUUGGCCUUGCCAUUGGUGGAACCAUCUGUGUUUCUGUGAACUGGUGGGAGAGCUAUAGCACGCUCUUUAAUGUGUCAUUUCUAAAGGAAAUUUCCAGAGACAUUGCUCAGUCCCGUAACAUGGUCAGCAUCAUCUCUAGUUUGAUAAGAAUCCUGAUUACGUCAGCUGUGAUUGCAGGUUAUGUUCCUCUAUCAGGUCAGGAAUGGAAAUCGGUAAAACUUGUCUUUGAAACAGUUGUCAUUGCAUUGGUGGCAAUCCAGAUUAUAUCCUCUGCCUUGUGCCGCUGGUUUGUGGUUUUGGCUUGUAAGAUGCGCGCUGUGCGCUGCAGCUUCAUUGUGCCCAUGUACCUUGCCUCUAUCACAGUUUUGGCUGGGUUUUUGGUUCCACAUAUAGUCAGGCUCCCAGAGUCCAAUCAAACCUCUACCUGUUUUGAGAACUUUCAGCCGAAAUCCAGUGACGAAUGGUUACAUUUGAUAUUGACUGAUGUUAUAAGAACUCUGAAUGCCAGGGACAUUGUGAUACACAUGAAGACAGGAGGACUGGCCUGUUUGGGCUGCUCUGCUCUGAGCUGGUGGCUGGGACUCAUACUCAGUUCAAUUUACAUCUGGUACCUGAAGAUCCAUCGAAUAGAAAGAACCCAAGAUCUGUUUGUGCGACCUAUGUAUGAAGGAGCAUUUAUGGAACAGUCUAUGUUGCUAAACACUCGUUUUGAAAUCAGAAAGAGAAUCAAGGAGAAACGUGCAAAAGAAAUCAUCAGAGUGUUUCUGUGUGCAACGAUGUGGCAUGAGAGCUACGAUGAAAUGAUGAAGAUAAUCAUCUCUAUGUUUAGACUUGAUAAUUACAGUCCCAAACACAAAAACAGCGAUGUCCAGUUUGAAUUCCAUAUUUAUUUUGAUGACGCAUUCAAGGAUGUUGAUAAUGGAAGGCAUGCAAAUGAAUAUGCUGAAAGUAUUGUGGAUGUCAUCAAAGAAGUCUACACCAUUUUCAGUGAAGAAGACCCAUGCAUAUUCAAGCAGAAGGCAGCACUACCACCCCAGAAGAUCAUAAACACCCCUUAUGGGGGGCGGCUAGAAUACACCCUCCCUAAAGGCAAUCUGAUGAUGAUUCAUUUCAAAGACAAGACACUUAUUCGUCACAAAAAAAGAUGGUCUCAGAUAAUGUACUUGUAUUACAUUCUUGGCUGGAGACUUAACAGACAGUACUUCAAAGAGUUUGAGGAAGGUAAAGAACUGGAAUCCAUUGAGGAGAGACAGAAGAAAGAAAGUGAGAACACUUAUAUCUUGGCCCUGGAUGGGGACACUGAUUUCCAGCCAUCUGCAGUCAUGCUGUUAAUCGACAGACUUAAACUCUACCCAGAUGUUGGGGCUGCCUGUGGCAGGAUUCAUCCAACAGGCACAGGGCCCAUGGUGUGGUAUCAGAAGUUUGAAUAUGCAGUAGGCCACUGGCUACAAAAGACUGCAGAGCACGUGUUCGGCUGUGUACUGUGCAGUCCUGGAUGUUUCAGUCUUUUUAGAGGAGCCGCACUCAUGGACGACAACGUCAUGAAGAGAUACACAACCAAAGCCAGUGAAGCCAGCCAAUACGUCCAGUAUGAUCAAGGUGAGGACCGCUGGUUGUGCACUCUGCUGCUGCAGCAGGGCUGGAGGGUGGAGUAUAACGCAGCAUCUGAUGCAUACACCAAAGCUCCACAGGAAUUUAAAGAGUUCUACAACCAGCGCAGACGCUGGGGACCCUCUACCUUGGCCAACACCAUUGACCUCUUGGGUUCAGGAGCACUGACCUCUCAGAAGAACAGCUCUAUCUCAAAACCUUUCCUCUUGUACCAGAUUAUCAGCAUGGCCGCUUCCAUCCUGGGCCCUGCCAGUAUCUGUCUCAUGAUUGCAGGAAGCUUUGUGUUCAUCUUUAAUAUGGAUGUGAAUGUAGCCCUUAUUUUGGGCAUAGUUCCCCCAACUGUCUUCCUCAUCCUGUGCUUCAAACUGAAAUCUGACACACAGAUUACAAUUGCAGCAAUCAUGAGUGUACUCUAUGCAUUUCUCAUGGUGGGAACAGUUCUCUCAAUCAUAGGUGAUCUAGUGAGGCAACAGACUUUUAUGACUCCCAGUGGUCUGUUCCUCAUUUGCAUAGUGGCUUUGUACCUCAUCACGGCAGCUUUACACCCCCAGGAGUUCUCACUGGUCAUCUAUGGACUGGUAUAUUUCCUCUGCAUUCCCAGUGGGUAUCUACUCUUAAUUAUUUACUCCAUAGUCAACAUGAACAAUGUCACAUGGGGCACCCGUGAAUCCGGCAGCAAGGCUAAAGCUACAGCAGUCAAUACCAUCAAGAAGAAGUUCAUGAAUGCCAUAUGCUGCAAAUGUCCAUGCUUGGAAUCUAAAGAUCAGAUUGAGGAGAUGCUGCCAACAGAAACCAUAACACAGAGGUAA